UGCAUACCAUUGGACAAUGAAUUCGGCCACUAUGAGUGUGGUGAUGGAGAUGAAAUUCAUUGUCUGGAAGGAUGGACAGGGGCUAAUUGUCAAACACCCGUUUGCGAUAAGAAUGGAUGUGGGGUUGGCGGCAUAUGCGUUGCUCCAGGUCGGUGUGAGUGCAAGCCAGGAUGGGGAGGCGUUAAUUGUGAAAUAUGUCUUCCCCGUAAAGGCUGCAAGAAUGGUGUAUGUGUGGAAGGAGGCGACUGUGUUUGCAAACCGGGUUUUACACACUGGCUCUGCGACAAAGCAGUAGUCUCAUUUGAAGAAGUUAAUGGAGCAGAGACAACGCCUAGCGUGGUUCAUACACAUUCAUUUUUUAUUCUUCAUUUCUCUACAUGCCUCUUUAUUUUCCCAUUGGUUAAACUUAAUUUCCACUUUCGUGCGAUUUUCCUGUUUUCAUAA